GUUCCAUCAUGACUGUAGAAUGUCGAGGUCGGACCCGCCCACUAUAAUAUUGUAAUCAACGCGCGCGCGCUGCCCGGUGUGCGCACGCGGUYGCACUGGAACCAGGAUGGCCAGGAGCUCCGAGGUGGUGAAGAAAAUCUUGCAGUUCAAACUUCAGCUGUCGGACACAACGAAGCCUGCUACGGUUCUAAAAGUUUUGCAAAAAUUGAAGGAUCUGGAUGUCACAUUAGACAUUCUCGCUGAAACUGGAAUUGGCAAAACGGUUAAUUCCUUGCGAAGACACAAGCAAGCUGGAGAUUUGGCCAAGUCGCUGGUUAAAGGUUGGAAAGAACUGGUCCCUAAGCAAUCCACAAGGUGUUUGCCAGAGACUGUUUUUGUUAAAAGCACAGAAGAUGACAAAAGCUGUCCUGAGACUGCAUCUUUAUCAAAUGAUGAGCAAAAUGACGGUUUAGCGUCUAAUAGCAAGAAUCCAGACACCUCGGACGACGAUUCCUUUAAUUUACAGAGUAAACAAAAUGAUUUAAAUAAAGGACAAAAUGAAAAGAAGGGAAGAAAAUCUGAAGACAAUAAAAACAUUGAAAAAAGUCAACAAGAAACUCUUGUUCAGGAUGUGAUGAGCAAAACUGACAUCCAAGUUGAUAAAUCGGAAAAGAAGAAAAAACRAAGUGAAAACACAAAUGGCAGUCCUCAGAAAUCCAGAUCUGACACAAGGGAGAAGUUCAAAAGCACAAAUGGAAGUGGAAGAUCUGCAACGGAGCAAAAAUCCAAACCAAAAUCUUCAAAUGAAUCAUUGAUGGAAAGCAAGGACUCCUGUUCAUCCAGUGAGAAACUCUUCAAAAAGUUAGAAGAAGCCAAAGAUGACAGAUCUUCUGAAAUGUCAACGAGCUCYGAAGGCCAAAGGAGGAAAAGGAAAAAAGCAGAACGAGAGAAGCAUGACCGUGUCAAACGUAAACCAGACUCUGAAAAUAAGGAACGCUCAAAAUCCAAAAAGGCCAAAAUGUACCAUAAAGACGAGGACAGCCAAAGUGAUCGGGAAGAGAGGAAGGCCUCCUUGUCUUUUGAAUCUUUCUUGAAUUACGACGUGAAACUUUUCAAGAGAAAAGAUCAGUCUGGAUCAAGGAAAACUCCCAAAAUCAUCAAAACCGUGUCGAAAGAGCAAAGAAAACAUCCUGAAAAGAAACCUCCAAAACCACCUGCUCCUGUUCCAGAGGAGAAGCCUCAGGAGUCCUUGAUGCACCUGAUGGAUGUUCCUUUACCUGCUGCUCUGCCUGAAUUGGAAAAGCCUUCCAGCAUUGACUACUACUUUGAAAAAAAAGAUGAGAGGGAGGCCGAUUUCUGCGACGAAGAGUCCGUGGUCUUCACUGGUCAACGCCUGAACAGCAAGAUGCAGGUGUACUCUGGCGCCAAAACCCGUUUCCUCCCAGCCAUGAUGAGCCUGUACCAACAGUGCAUCCGCACGCUGCAGAACAACAUUAACCUGCUGUACGAAACUGGCGGMGUCCCGUUUGAACUUCUCGAGCCGGUGCUGGAGAGGUGCACACCUGAGCAGCUGCUUCGCAUAGAGGAGUACAACCCAAUCUACAUGGGAUUGACAGACCACUUGUGGGGGAAACACUGCCAGAGGGAUUUCAAAGACUGCAAACUCCAGGAAUACGAGUCAUGGAAAGAGAUGUAUAUCAGGGUGUCCGAGGAAAGAGAAAGGAAGCUCCAAAGACUGACGAAAUCUAUUGUCUCAGCACAUUCAAAGAAACCGAAGGGACGGCAAGUGAAGAUGGCAUUUAUUCACACGGUUGCCAAGCCCCCUAGAGAUGUACGAAUUCAGCAGGAAAUUCACGGAACUGCUGUUCAGCAACCUCAUCAGCUCAAGUGCAGCGUCAAAAGUCAGGAAAACCAAAUAAGGCCGAGUUGUAAUGAGCGGCAUGACCCCAGCAGGUCCAGCAGCACCAGUUCUGGGGGGAGCAACACUCAAGACCCACGCAAAAAAACAAGAGUUGCUCCAAUGAUGGCAAAGUCUCUAAAGGCAUUUAAGAAACAGCUAGGACGCAGAUAAACUCUAAAAUGGUUUUAUUGCGUGUUUCAAUGCAUAGUAACCAUACUUCUCAGACAGCAAUAUACCUAUGUUUACUUUGAAUUUGUAUAUUUACCUUAAUAUAUUGACAUUAAGGCAUUUGCAUUUUUUGUUGGUUCUCUUCACUAUUAAAUGGACAAUGACGUCUGCAGAAACUCUUGA